AUGAAGUCGACGACUGCCGCCGUGAUCGCGCUGGGUGCCCUCGCCACUGUGGUGCCCGCCUGUGCCCAAGAAUCUCACUCGCACUCGCACUCGCACUCGUCGGAGUGCACCGCUGAGUUCCUGACGUCGGCGAAGAGCGCGUGCGACUCGGUCGCGGACGUCUCUCAGCUCAAAUGCGACGACGAAGGCUGCCACGAGGCUCUGCACUCGCUCGUGGAGGACGAGGUCCGCCAGUGCUACGUCGACCUCGGUCUCGGCCCGGCCACCGACCUCGACUACUACGUCCAGCUCGAUGAGUUCUGCCACGGGGAUGGUGCCGACCCGGCCGACCUAGCGGCGACCUCCAACACGACUGCCAGUUCUAGUGGGUCGGGCGCCGGCGCGGCAACUUGCCGCUCCGUCGCUGAGCGCAUCGAUGGUGGCACUUCAAGUGGUGGCUCUCAUCGUUGCGGCGUUGCACCUGUAGGCAUUCUCCGUUUGAAGAGGCCCACCAAACUUUCGCGUACAAACGCCUAG